CGCAUUAAAACAUUAAAAUUGUUUCGUUAAGGUUCAUUUUAUAUUUUGUUGUAUUAUAUUAUAUUGUUUUAUGGUAAAGGAAUUUUUGAAAAAAAGAACUGUUGAUGAUAUUUGGUCAAGUUUUGAUCGUGAUGUCUCAGGUCCAAAACACCUCAUGUUUGGGGUCAAGGAGAUUGACCAGGCCCUUAACGGCGGCCUUCUUCUAGGAAAAGUUUGUGAGAUUUACGGACCUUCUGGGUCUGGGAAAACACAAUUCGCUCUAUCCCUCACUUCUGAGGUCCUGAUUAAUAACUUGAUACACUCUAAGGAUUAUGUAGUACUGUAUAUUUACACAAAUGGAACAUUUCCAAUUGAAAGACUAAACGAGAUCCUAAGAUCGAAAUAUGAGGAUGCAAAGGGUUUGAUAAAGGCUGACGAAAAUUUCAAUACCUCUCAAUUACUAAAAAAUUUAUACGUUGAAAAGGUUACCGACAAUGAUGAGUUGUACUUUACAUUUACAAGUAAACUAGAAGAGAUGCUUCAACACAACGUAAAACUCAUAGUGAUUGACUCAAUAGCAGCGUUAUUUCGGACAGUCCAGAAUGAAUCAUACCACGGUCAACGGAUCAACUCCAUUACAAAAGUUGGCUUAAUUAUGAAAAGAAUAUCACAUGAAUAUAAUCUUUUGAUACUGGCGAUUAAUCAGGCCUCGGGAGUGUUUAAUCUGAGCAACAUUCCAUUCUUGAACCCAAGAUCAGGGAUUAAACCUGCACUUGGUGAAGCCUGGGAGAGAUGUAUUAACUCAAGGAUACUAGUUACAAGAAGGCGUGACCAGAGGUUUAACAGGGAAAUUCGGCAUUUUCAAGUCAUUUUUAGCUCUAACUCACCGUCAACUUAUCCCAUACCAUUUAUUACAACGAAACGAGGAAUUGAAUAUAAUCUGUUAUUGUGACAUAUUUCAACUAAUUGAAGAUAAUUUAGUCCAUUAAUGAGUUAAAUGGAUUUAUAAAGAUUAAAUAUCUUAAUCAUAAGUAAAUGUGUGGAUAAAUAAUAUUAAAAGUUGAAAAUAAUUCUAUACAAGGCAUGUAAACCCCCACUGCUGGCUGUUCUUGUAAAAAUAGAGUAAAAAAUG